AUGGCAAUCUUUAAGAAGAAGGCCAACAAGGAGCAGCAGGCCGCUCAGCAGCGCGAGCAAGGCGCUCGCUCGCCUACCAACUCGCCCCCGGUCCAGACGCCGCCAUCCAUGGGUGCAGCAAUGCAGUCGAUGCAGGCGAUGGGCCAACAGGCAAUGGGACAGCCCGCACCCAUGGGUCAGCGCGACGUGUCUGGCUCGUACGCGCCUCCCAAUCCCAACGUCAACACUCGCAGGAUGACUGCCCAGAUGCCGUUCCCGCAGCCCGACCGUACCCAGAUGACCUCCCCGACUGGACGCAUGUCGCCCGUCACUGUUGGCGGUCCCAACGCCGGGUUCCCUGUCGGCAUGGGCCUGCCAUCUACCAUGCAGAACGGCCCCUCUCCGCUCGCGUCCCAGACCGCCGGCCCUCCUCCUCCUGGCGCCCAGCCCGCUGCUGCCCCUCCAGCGGCCGCAGGAGGCGGCAACUCGUCGUACCCAUGGUCGCUGCGCCAGCUCCGCCUGUACCAGCCGCCAACGGUCCCUCCUACGGCCCCAAUGACCCCCUUCCCCCGCUACGGGUUCAGCGUGCCGCCCUACCCUUCUCACUCGGGCCACGUCCUGCUCUUUGGUGGUCUUGUCCGUGACCGCGCGCACAAUGACCUGUGGAGCCUCGACAUUCACAGCAACGCGCUCCAGUUGGUCAAGACUCGCGGCGACGCGCCCGUGCCGCGUAUUGGCCACGUGAGCGCCAUUGCCGACCGUAUCAUGCUCGUGUUUGGCGGCGACACCAAGGUCAACGAGGACGACCACCAGGACGACAGCCUUUACAUUCUCGACUUGCGCACACAAGAAUGGACCAAGGUCCCCGUGUUGGCUGGCCCGAGCGGGCGAUACGGCCACGCCGCGUGCAUGUUUGGCGGUUCCUUUUACGUCCACGGCGGUCACGUCGACGGCCGCAACCUCGAUGACCUGUGGUCGUUUGACCUGCGCCAGCUCGGCCAAGGUCCCGGUCCUUACAAGUGGGAGCGCGUCAACUAUGCGACCCCGGCUCCGCUCGCGCGUACCGGCCACACCCUCGUCCCCACCCGCGACAAGCUCUACCUCUUUGGCGGUACCGACGGUGACUACCACUACAACGACUCGUGGUCGUUUGACAUGGCCACUGGCGCCUGGACCGAGCUCGAGUGUAUCGGCUACAUUCCCAUUCCUCGCGAGGGCCAUGCGGCAGCCAUUGUCGACGACGUCGUGUACGUCUUUGGUGGCCGUGACGUUCACGGCAAGGACCUCGGCGACCUGGCCGCAUUCCGGAUCUCCAACCAACGCUGGUACAUGUUCCAAAACAUGGGUCCGUCCCCCAUGGCCAAGUCGGGCCACAGCCUGUGUGCGGCGCACGGAAAGGUGUUUGUCAUUGGUGGCGAGUCCAACCUCUCGCCCCAGGUCCCGCGCGACGACCCCAACGUUAUCCACGUCCUUGACACCACCAAGAUCAAGUACCCCAGCGACAACCAGCCUCCACGUGCACAGCAGCAGCUGCCGGUUGGAGCUCCGCCGCCCCCGCAGCAGCAGCAGCAGCAACAGCAACAGGGCCGUCCCAGGACGACGUCUGACGCCACAGACCGCAGGCCGACGAACGCUCUCAACGCUGGUCCGUACCAGCAGAACAACGCUAGCGGGCCCCUCGGACCCUCGAGCGCUCAGGCCGCGUACAUGGCCUCGCAGUCGCACGACGCUUUGGCCAGGUCAAUGUCCCCGCCUGCAAUUGUCACGACCGAGCCUCGUCCUCUGGUCGUGGCAAACGAGACGGAUGCUCAGUCGCGGGCUACCCACUCCGAGUCGCACGACACGGCCCACACUGGUAUCAGUGCGGCUCGUCUCAACGGCGUGCCGCCUCAGCGUCCCAAGCGUGAGGGCGAUGACGAGUACCGCCGCGCCAUGUCGCCCAACACGCCUGCCAUGAUGAACGGCAACGGCAACAGCAAUGGCAACAGCAACGGCCACAGCAACGGCAACGGCACCGAGUCGUCGAGCCCCGUCACCGACCGCAUAGUUACGCCCAACGACACGAGCCGCGGCAGCACGUCUCCUCCUGCCACUGCCACUAGCCACACGAUCCACCCGAAUGUCCGCAACUCGCGCAGCCCACCGCCGCAGCUCCGCAUUGGCGAGAAUGGCGACUCGCGCCCGGCUCUUCCUCCCGACGCAUUCUACUUUGGUGGCAAGUCGCCAGGUGGCGGCGGUGGCAGCCGUCCCACGUCCGUGAACCUUGGCCGUCCAGGGUCCAUGCUUGGCCGUCCCGGUUCGAUCGUGGGCAACAGGCCCGGGUCCAUGGCCGGGACCGCCGACUUGUUGCGAGAGCUCAAGGCGCGCGAGACCGAGGCGGACAAUGCCAAGCGUCGCGAGGCCGCGCUCCGCGUCAUCCUCAGCCGUGCCAUUGACCAGGGCUUUGUCGCCGAGGACGAAACCGCCGCCGACAUUCCUCCUCCCAACCUUGCCGGCGAGUCGGAGGUUGUCCAGCAGCUGGCCAUGGCUCUUGUCCAGAUGAAGACGGAAAAGGCCAACCUGCAAAACGACGUCGCCACGCAGAUGAAGGCUGUCAGCGACAAGCUCCAGGACGCUGAGAGGCUACAGAAGAGUGCCCUGCACGAGACUGCCUACUACCGCGCCAAGGUUGCUGCCCUCGAGGUCGGUAACGGUGCCGAAGUCAAGCGCCUCGAAGCGAUCCGUAUCGCCGACCUCGAGCACCAGCUCGAAAGCAUUGUCCAGAGCUACGAAAAGGACAAGCUGGAGCUGGACCGCGUUCAGGCCGACCUCGUUCGUCAAACUGAGAUUGCCGUUGCUGCGACCGAGCGCGAAGCCGAGACGCUCCAGCGCGCCGAGGAGGCCGAGGAGGCCAACGCCAGGUUGGAGGACGAGGCCGAGGAGCACCGCAACGUGGCCGUGGUCAGCGACAAGACGAUCCGCGACCACGACGAGCGCUUCAUUACCCUCACGUCGACGCACCAGCAGCGCGAGGCCGAGCGCGACCAGUACAAGCGCGACCUCGACGACGCUGUGAACAAGCACAACGAGUACCUCCUUGUCAUUGAGCAGGCCCAGGCGUCCAUCUCGUCUGCUGGCGUCCGCGCCACCGAGCUCGAGACCCUGCACGGCUCCGCCAAGGAGCAGGUUGCCCAGCUCGAAAACGACCUUUUGGAAACUCGUCGCGAGCUCGAGGCCCGCACACGCGAGGCCGAGCAGGCCACCGCACGCCUUGCCGAAGUGGAGACUCUGCACAGCACUGCGCGCGACGAGGCCGACGGUCUGCGCUCCGUCACCACUGGCCGUCUCGGCGAGCUGCUCGAUGCCCACCGCUCGGUCCAGUCUGACAACGAGCGCUCCAUCAAGGGCCACGCCGACCAGCUCCGUGCCCUCGAGGAGGAAAAGUCGUCGCUGCUCCGCCUCCUCCGCGAGGCUGGCCAGCGCGUCGACGCUACCGAGGCUGCGGCAACUUCGCACCGCCAAAAGGCCCGCGACAUCGAGGUGGCCCACCAGCAGCUGCGCGGCGAGCUGCGCACCCACCGCACCAAGCUGCUCGGUGUCCAGAACGAAAUGUCAAAGUACCGCGACCUGUACUCGUCCAAGGACUCUGAGCUGCGCGAGCGCGACCAGGCAGUCACCGAGCUGUCUACCCGUGUAGUGCUCCUGCGCAAGCUGCUGGGCGAGCACGGCAUUGCCGUUUCCGACAACGACCUCGAGUCGGCCGAGCCUACAAGCACGUCCGAGCUCGAGACCCGUCUGCGCGACAAGACGCGUGCGCACGAAAACGCCCAGCGCGACUAUGACGAGCUCAACCAUCGCCACCAGGAGGCCGAGGAAAAGGUCAAGACCCUCACUCGCCAGCUUGACCGUAUCGCCGGUGCUCGCAGCGGCAGCGCGGCGUCGAUGCGCUCGCCCAGCCCCACUGCUAUCGGUGCUGGCGCCGUUGGCGGUGCUGCUGCCGUGGGUGCUGUCGCCGGCGCUGUUCUCGGUGCCAGCGCCGAGGGCGCGCGCAGCGGCGGUUCCGAGUCGGCCCGCGUUCUGGAGCUCGAGGAGAAGCUCGCCGCCGUCGAGGGCGACUACCACACCGCCGUCCGCUACGUCAAGGGUACCGAGAAGAUGCUCAAGCGCAUGAAGGACGAGCUCACCAAGCAAAAGGCGUCCAACAUUUCGCUCUCGACCGAACUCGACAGCCUCCGUGGCCGCUCGUCCGUCGAGCCCGGAGGUACACGCAGCAUCACGGGCCGUUCCACCCCAUCAGAAGGCGACGCCAACCGCCGCCUGCACACCUUGCAGAACCAGUACUCGACGCUGCACGCCGAGCUCCAGGCGUCGCAGGACGUCCUGUCGGCGCGUAACCGUGAAGUCGACGUCCUCCGCAUGCGCUGCGAGGAGGCCGACCGCGAGUGCGACGCGCUGCGCGACGACCUCGCCCAGGCCCAGCACCGCAUCGCGACGCUCCUGGAAAUGAACCAGUCGGGCAUCCACCUCGGCUCGGACGACGACGACGAUGACGUCGACGACGAGCGCAUCGCCCUCCGCCGCGGAUCGAGCGCGUCCUCGGACGGCGGCGCGUCCAUGGCCUUUGACAAGUUUACAAAGGAGCUCAAGCAGUGGGAGCGCGCGCGCUCCCCGGACCUCGGUGCAGACGGCGACAGCUCGGCACUGCUGCUCGACCACGACGACGUCGUGCGUUCAGCCGGCGCCGCCGCUGGCGCCGCUGGCGGCAGCGUGAACGGCAACCACGCCGGUCCCGGCGUCUCCGUCGCGGCCGCCACGACCCCGGGCUCGGCCACCACGUCGCCCCUCCUCGCCAACGGCAAGCCCUUGGCCGCCGCCUUCCCGCCCGUCGGCAGCGUCGGCGGCACCAUUGGCGUCCCCGGCCCCCUCGCAAGCGUCAAGGCCAACGACAGCGUCCACUCGCGCAGCUCGUCCGCGUACUCUGGCGACUGGAGCUAG